CAGCGCUCAGUUGGCAUUUUCUUUCGGCAGAGUUGGAGCUGGCAGCGCAACCUCACGAAACGAGCGAAUUAAAAACCUGAAAAUGGACAAAAUCGCCGCUUUGAUCGUCGCUUUCAUCGCUGUCUCUACGUGCGCUGGGGAGACCUGCGUGGACCCCACCAUCUCCCCCUCCUACUACAGCACCUCGGACGCUGUCAUCGCCUCGGAGUCCGUGUUCAUCGUGGAAAUCUCCUUGAGCUGCAAGAACGGCGCGCAGAAUGUGGCGCUCUACGCUGACGUCAACGGGAAGCAAUAUCCUGUCACCAGAGGCCAGGAUGUGGGCCGCUAUCAGGUCUCCUGGAGCAUAGAGCACAAGAACGCUAGAUCGGGCACCUACGAGGUGAAGUUUUUCGACGAGGAGUCGUAUAGCAUUCUGCGCAAGGCUCAGAGGAACAAUGAAGAUGUCUCUACCAUCAAGCCUCUUUUCUCUGUCAACGUGGAUCACAGGGGUGCUUGGAACGGGCCCUGGGUCUCCACUGAGGUUCUGGCUGCUGCUAUCGGAGCUCUUGUCUAUUACCUGGCCUUCAGCGCAAAGAACUCCAUCCAGGCAUAGAGAGAGAGAGAGGGGAGGGGAGGGGCUGAGAGGGAUACUGCACCCAGACUGACUGAGGGGAGGGCUGAGAGGGUACUGCACCCAGACUGACUGAGGGGAGGGGCUGAGAGGGUACUGCACCCAGACUGACUGAGGGGAGGGGCUGAGAGGGUACUGCACCCAGACUGACUGAGGGGAGGGGCUGAGAGGGUACUGCACCCAGACUGACUGAGGGGAGGGGCUGAGAGGGUACUGCACCCAGACUGACUGAGGGGAGGGCUGAGAGGGUACUGCACCCAGACUGACUGAGGGGAGGGGCUGAGAGGGUACUGCACCCAGACUGACUGAGGGGAGGGGCUGAGAGGCUACUGCACCCAGAUGGACUGACCCAGGACAGGGGUGGAGGCUGAGGCCAGUUGGGAAUUUGGGAGGGUUAGGGUUACAAGUGCAGAAUGGAAGCAGUGGUUUUUUGAGGGUUUUUUUUACCCCUGAUUUGAAGAAGGUUCAAUCUGAAUGCUGUACUGUUGAGGGAAUAAAAUAAUUUUGUACUGAAA